UAAAGUCUAAUGAAACUACAUUGCAUUAUCAUUAUCAGUGAAUCGGAGAGUUGAAAUUGUUACUUUUAUGCUACGCUUACCACCCGCUAUUAAACAAGAAGCAGCCGAGUGCUUAGCAUAUGCAAGAUGAGUGUACUACCGUUUGUACGCGGCGUUGAUUUUACAAAAAAUGAUUUUAGCCAAACAUUCCCCAGCUCCAUGCGGCAAAUGUCGCGGGUGCAGUGGCUCACGCUGGAUCACACACAGCUGCAGGAGAUACCCGAGGAGUUGGGCCAACUGCAGAAGCUGGAGCAUCUAUCGCUGAACCACAAUCAGUUGGAGAAACUCUUUGGGGAGCUAACCGAACUGCCGUGCCUGCGCUCGCUGGAUCUGCGCCACAAUCAGCUGAAGAACAGCGGAAUACCGCCGGAACUGUUUCAGCUGGAGGAGCUGACGUCGCUCGAUCUGUCCCACAAUCGGCUGAAGGAGGUGCCCGAGGGACUGGAGCGUGCGAAGAACCUCAUUGUGCUCAAUCUUAGCCACAAUCAAAUCGAGAGCAUACCCACGGCACUGUUCAUCCAACUGACGGAUCUGCUGUUUCUCGAUCUAUCGCACAAUCGCCUGGAGACGCUGCCGCCACAAACACGCCGCCUAAUCAAUCUAAAGACGCUAGAUCUGUCGCACAAUCCGCUGGAGCUGUUCCAGCUGCGCCAGCUGCCCUCACUCCAAAGCCUCGAGGUGCUCAACAUGAGCCACACCAAUCGCACGCUACUCAACUUCCCCACCAGCAUCGACAGCCUGGCCAAUCUCUCCGAGCUGGAUCUCUCGCACAAUGCACUGCCCAAGCUGCCCGACUGCGUCUACAACGUGAUCACGCUGGUGCGCCUCAAUCUGAGCGACAACGAGAUCAGCGAUCUCAGCGCCAGCUUGGAGCACUGGCAGCGCCUCGAGUCGCUCAAUCUGUCGCGCAAUCAGCUGACGCAGCUGCCCGCGUCGCUUUGCAAGCUCUCACGCCUGCGCCGGCUCUAUGUGAAUGACAAUCAGCUGAACUUCGAGGGCAUACCCUCGGGCAUUGGCAAACUGUCGAGUCUGGAAUGCUUUGCUGCCGCCAAUAAUCUGCUCGAGAUGGUGCCGGAGGGUCUUUGUCGCUGCGGUGCACUGAAGCAGCUGAACCUGAGCAGCAAUCGGCUGAUAACGCUGCCGGAUGCGAUUCAUUUGCUCGAAGGAUUGGAGCAGCUGGAUCUGCGCGACAAUCCCGAGCUGGUGAUGCCGCCCAAGCCCAGUGAAGCGAGCAAGGCCACCAGCCUCGAGUUCUACAACAUUGACUUCUCGCUGCAGACCCAACUGCGUCUCGCUGGCGCUGCAGUGCCGCCCAGCAUGCCGGCGGCGUCGACGCCCAAGGAUGCAACGGCGCGCAAGAUUCGGCUGCGUCGUGGUCCGCGCACCGAAAGCGAUGGUGGUCAGGAUGCAGCCAAAGUGCUGAAGGGCAUGAAGGAUGUGGCCAAGGAUAAGGCGCGUGAUGACAAUGAUGCCGCCAUUGCCGAAUCGUUGAAGCCGAAGCGCUGGGACGAGUCACUGGAGAAGCCACAGCUGGACUACUCCAAGUUCUUUGAAAAGGAGGACGGCCAACAGCCGGGUCUGACCAUCUGGGAGAUUGAGAACUUUCUGCCCAACAAAAUCGAGGAAGUGGUGCAUGGCAAAUUCUACGAGGGCGACUGCUACAUUGUGCUCAAGACCAAGUUCGAUGAGCUGCACACGCUCAACUGGGAGAUCUACUUCUGGAUUGGCAACGAGGCGACGCUGGACAAGCGCGCCUGCGCCGCCAUCCAUGCGGUCAAUCUGCGCAACUAUCUGGGCGCACGUUGUCGCACCAUACGCGAGGAGCAGGCGGAUGAGUCCGAUGAGUUUCUGGGGCUGUUCGAGACGGAGGUGAUCUACAUCGAGGGUGGACGCACUGCCACUGGGUUCUAUACCAUCGAGGAGAUGAUUCACAUUACGCGGCUCUAUCUGGUGCACGCCUAUGGCGCCAGCAUACAGCUGGAGCCGCUGCCGCUGACGCCGCAGUCGCUGGAUCCGCGGCAUGCGUUUCUGCUGGACGCCGGCACGAGGCUGCACAUUUGGCUGGGCAAGCGCUCCAAGAACACGCUCAACUCCAAGGCGCGCCUGAUGGCCGAGAAGAUGAACAAGACGGAGCGCAAGAACAAGUGCGACAUCUAUGUGGACAUGCAGGGCGAGGAGUGCCCGGAGUUCUGGCAGGCGUUCGACUUGCUGCCCGAGGAGGCGCAGGCGCUGCCGGCGCCGCAGGAACAUGUUGCCGAGGAUUAUGAGCCAGUGCAGCCGCGACUGUAUCAAGUGCAGCUGGGCAUGGGCUAUCUGGAGCUGCCGCAGGUGGAGCUGCCGGAGCAGCGUUUGAGCCAUACGCUGCUCAAUAGCAAACAUGUCUUCAUACUCGACUGCCAGACGGAUCUGUUCGUCUGGUUUGGCAAGCAGUCGACGCGUCUGGUGCGCGCCGCUGCCGUCAAGCUGAGCCGCGAGCUCUUCAACAUGCUGGAGCGGCCGGAGUGUGCGCUGGUCAUGCGCGUGCCCGAGGGCAACGAGAUGCAGAUCUUUCGCACCAAGUUUCCGGGCUGGGAUGAGGUCAUGGCCGUGGAUUUCACGCGCACAGCCAAGUCGGUGGCCAAGACUGGCGCCAAUCUGACGCAGUGGGCGCGACAGCAGGAGACGCGCACCGAUCUGGCGGCGCUGUUCAUGCCCAGACAGUGCGCCAUGCCGCUGGCCGAGGCGGAGCAGCUGGAGGAGGAGUGGAACUACGAUCUCGAGAUGAUGGAAGCGUUUGUGCUCGAGAACAAAAAGUUUGUGCGCCUGCCCGAGGAGGAGCUGGGCCAUUUCUAUACUGGCGAGUGCUAUGUGUUCCUUUGUCGCUAUUGCAUACCCGUCGACGAUGGAGCGGAUGCAGCGACGGCAGACGGCACCGAUGGCGCUCCAGCUGGCGAGCUAAACGGCGGCGGCGGCGGCGAACUGAAUGUGAGCAAGGAGCCGCCACCGGAGGAUGAGAUUCAGUGUGUGGUCUACUUCUGGCAGGGACGCAAUGCUGGCAACAUGGGCUGGCUGACUUUUACGUUUACGCUGCAAAAGAAGUUCAAGGCGAUGUUUGGCGAGGAGCUGGAGGUGAUGCGCAUCUUUCAGCAGCAGGAGAACUUGAAGUUCAUGUCGCACUUCAAGCGCAAGUUCAUCAUCCACACUGGAAAGCGCAAGGACAAGGCUCUAACUGCCGAUGGCAAAGCGCCCGUUGAAUUUUUCCAUUUGCGUUCGAAUGGCGGCGCGCUGACCACACGCCUCAUACAAAUCCAGCCGGAUGCAGUGCAUCUGAACUCGGCAUUUUGCUAUAUACUACAUGUGCCAUUCGAAACGGAGGACGAGCCACAGUCGGGCAUUGUGUACGUUUGGCUGGGCAGCAAGGCGUGCAACGAGGAGGCCAAGCUGGUGCAGGAAAUUGCCGAGCAGAUGUUCAACGGCCCCUGGGUGAGCCUGCAGAUUCUUAAUGAAGGCGACGAGCCGGAGAACUUCUUUUGGGUUGCCUUGGGUGGACGCAAGCCCUACGACACGGAUGCCGAGUAUAUGAACUAUACGCGGCUGUUCCGCUGCUCCAAUGAGCGUGGCUAUUAUACGGUGGCCGAGAAGUGCGCCGACUUCUGUCAGGAUGAUUUGGCGGAUGAUGACAUCAUGAUAUUGGACAAUGGCGAGCAGGUGUUCCUCUGGAUGGGUCCGCGCUGCAGCGAGGUGGAGGUCAAGCUCGCCUACAAGUCCGCCCAGGUGUACAUACAGCACAUGCGCAUUAAGCAGCCGGAGCGACCGCGCAAACUUUUCCUCACCAUGAAGAACAAGGAGUCGCGACGCUUCACCAAAUGCUUCCAUGGCUGGAGUGCGUUCAAGGUUUAUAUUUAAAAGCGCUGCCGUGACAGAGCUGCUGCUGCUGCUCCCAGAGAGACAUGACAAUUAACGACUGCAAUACAUACACACACACACACACUUACACUUAUACACACACACACACACAUGUACACACGAGAACGACAGCAAAAUGUUUGUGCUUUUAAAAUGUAUUUAAUUGUUUAUUAUUUUUUUAUUAAGCGCCGUUGUUUAUAUAUAGAGAUUUUUGAUUAUUGAUUCGCCACCCCGCUCCCAUUCUAAUAAUUAAUUAACCUAAAGCUUACCUUAAACGCGAUCUUAGCCUCACAAUUCGCCCUUGUAUACGCAAAGUAUUCUAUCUAUUUUUUUUUUUUAUUAAUCUAUAAUCUUACUAUAUACAUAUUUAUAUAUGAGCUGAGCCGGUGAAGUUUUUGUGCUAGUCCUGCAGGUGUUAAUAGUACUAUAUACAUUAUAUCCGAAACGAAACGAAAAAACAAAACUCUGAAAUCAAAACGUGUACGAGAAGUCCAAACAAAUGCUAAUUGCACAAUAUCUUGCUGCUUGCAAAAAUUCGCCAACUAAUUGUACAAAAUUCUUUAUAUUUAUUGCAAUUAACCAAUUAUACAAUGAAAGUUAAU